GACGCGGAGACACGUUGUGGGAGAGAGACACAAGAGAGGCGCAGGGCCGCGGAGAACCUUCACAACACACAGGGGGACUGCUCGGCGCACGGGGGACUCCGCCGUGGGGCGUCCGUUGGCUGCUUCCCGCCGGUCCGCCUCCCAGAAUGUUCUGUGCUCCCGGUUCAUUCCUACGGUACGCGAACCAGUCGCCGCGGCGUCCCCACGGACACUGAAGUCCAGAUGCUCACCCUCUCCGCCGACAUGGACGAGUCUUCGUCGCUUCUGGAUCUGCUGGAGUGCUCGGUGUGCCUGGAGCGCCUGGACACCACGGCCAAGGUGCUGCCGUGCCAGCACACCUUCUGCCGCCGCUGCCUGGAGAACAUUGUCAGCUCCAGGAACGAGCUCCGCUGCCCGGAGUGCCGCAUCCUGGUGGACUGCGGGGUGGAUGACCUGCCGGCGAACAUCCUCCUGGUUCGCCUGCUGGACGGUAUCAAGCAGCGGCCCCAGCGAGGGAGCGCAGGAGGAGGAGGAGGAGGAGGAGGAGGAGCAGGCGGCAGGCAGUCCUUGGCCGGGGGCUCGCUGCAGGGAUACGCUGCCGGGAUAUCCGCUUCUUCCCCGGGCAGUGCGAUCAGAGAGCUGCCCGUAGCCACCAGGAGCUCCCCUGUCAAGAAUAUCCCAGCACUGCCUUGCGGUAAAGCCCUCUACUCCUAUGAGGGAAAAGAACCAGGCGACCUCCAAUUUUCCAAGGGUGACAUCAUCAUCCUGCGACGCAAAGUGGAUGACAACUGGUACCAUGGCGAGUUCAACGGUUGCCAUGGUUUCUUGCCUGCUAGUUACAUCCAGCUGUUACGUCCCCUGAGCCAGACUCCACCCCAGGGCAAAGCACUGUACGACUUUGAAGUCAAAGACAAAGACCAGGAUAAAGACUGUCUGGCCUUCAGCAAGGAUGAGGUACUUACAGUAAUCAGGCGAGUGGACGAGAACUGGGCAGAGGGCAUGCUGGGAGACAAGAUUGGCAUCUUCCCUAUUCUCUACGUGGAGUUAAAUGAAACAGCCAAGCAGUUAAUGGAGAUCGACAAACCUGUGCCAACUAACGCUCGAGGUCCGAGCUCUGAGCCAGCCCCAUUGGGCCCGUGCUCUCCUGGCCCCUCCCCCAUCGACUCCCCAUCAAACGGGAAUGGCUCUGGCCACCGGAGAGGCGAAGGAAAGAAAAACGCCAAGAAGCGACACUCGUUUACGGCACUGUCCGUCAGCCAGAGGGCUGCCCAACUCAACAACAGACACAGCAUGGAGAUUUCCCACCCAGUCCUCAUCAGUUCCUCUGACCCCAGAGCCGCUGCGCGCAUCCAGGAUGCAUCUCCCCCAGGUCCCUCUCCCUCCUCAGCAGGGGUACUGGUGCCCCCCAAAGUGGCCUCCAUAACCUCUGAGCUACUGGCCCAUGCCAAGGUGCAGCUGCCACUCAACAUAUAUCUGGCUCUAUAUGCCUACAAGCCCCAGAAGGCUGACGAGCUCGAACUUAGGAAAGGGGAGAUGUAUCGGGUGACAGAGAAGUGUCAAGACGGAUGGUUCAAAGGCACCUCUCUGAGAACUGCUGCCUCCGGUGUCUUCCCAGGAAACUACGUCACCCCUGUGUCCAGGGCUCCAUUUGGAGUGGGUGCUACUCGCGGCUCGUGUCUGUCCAGUCCAGUGGGUGGAAGUGGAGGAGGAGGAGGUGGGGGAAGCGGGUGCAGUCAGUUGGGGAGUAAAAUCUCUGACCCUUCAUCCCCAGCGUCCCCGGGGCCCUCUUCGUCCCGUCCCUCCACCCCACUGGUAAACUCAGCCAAGUCUGUGAACACCAUCAGUCCCGCCUCCUCGCCGCAAACUGCCGCCGCCCAGCUGAAGAACUGCCUGCGCUCAAGCCAACAUACGGUUAACCAGGCACGCACCUCAAUGCAGCUGGUCCACAGUCCUCCUGCUGGAAGCCCAGAGCGCCCUACGGUGGCCAUCUCUCCCGUGCGUCCUCAGAGCUCUUCCCCCUCCCGUUGCCCCGGCCAGUCAGGUCGUCCCCUCUCCAUGGUGUCUCCGGGACCCAGUUUAGGGCCCUCACCCCUCUCUUCCCCUGCCUCGCGGCCCCUCCUCCCGCUCUCGUCCCCUCUCUCGUGUCUCACACCUCCUAAUGUGUCAGCGGUACUCCUCAACGGCGAGCCAGCCAGUCCACUGCAGCCACCAUCGCCGGGCCCCUCCCACGCCCCCACCCAGGGCGCUCUUGCACCCAAAGCAGAGAAGAAGGAGAGGAAAGCAGGUGGUCUACUAAAGCUCUUAUCGGGGGCAGCAGCCAAGAAGAAACCUCGCUCACCACCCUCCUCCCCACCCACCCACAACCCCUCAUUGGCUGGCCAAGGCGCCGUGGCCACAGACCCCACCCACCAUCCUCACCACCAUCACCACCAUGCCCGCUCAGGCUCCUGCCCAAUGGCAUCGCAGGGCCGAGCCGGCUCCUGUCCAAUUGAGAGCGAGAUGGCAGGGGCCAUGGGGUUGGAGCCACUGCACAGGAAGUCUGGUUCCCUGGAUACCAACUUCCCCAUGUCGCCCCCGGCAACACGUGCUGGCAACCCUCUGAUGGUCCUCCGGCCUGAACCCAAACCCUUGUCCAGAGAGAGGUAUCGUGUAGUGGUGCCCUACCCCCCGCAGAGCGAGGCGGAGAUUGAGCUGCGGGAAGGUGAUGUGGUGUUCGUCCAUAAGAAGCGGGAGGACGGCUGGUACAAAGGCACCCUGCAGAGAACAGGACAGACCGGCCUGUUUCCUAGCAGCUUCGUUGAGAGCUUCUGAACUGGAAAAAGUGGACAAAAGAACACACACUGUUCCUGCUUCUGAGACACAAAACACACAAACAUGCUACUAGUUCACACAGCUGCAGGCACACACAAAGGUUGGGCCGAUUUUCCAGAAUUACACGUUUUGAUUUAAUAUGGACACUGACAUGCAAAAACACCUGUGUAAAUUUGCCUUAAAAAGCUGCUAGACCUAAAAAAAAAAAGAAAAAGUAAUUAGUCUGGAUUUCAAUGGAGAAUUUUAGUUUCACAUGAUGGUUGAAAUGCGUUAUGGAGUUUUUCCCACAAUAACCUGUCAAUAAACACUGUACUUUGGAAUGAAAACAUAUUUAAUACUGUCACAAAACAUCAUUAAUUUUAAUAGUCUUCAGAAACAGGUCAGUCCAAGUAAUUCACGCACACACACGCAUACAGUAAAGCUAGCCCUGGCUUCGACCAGCCCAGCCACAUAGGAAGCAGGGCAGCUUCUCAUGUCAUUCGCCCGGCGACAGCGUUGGGUCAGAGGGGCCUCGUCCGACUCGUUGCCAGACCCGUGAUGUUGACUACUGAAAGGCACACGGACUCAAGGAGCACAGAAAGACAAACCCUGCCUCCCAGUUCUCCUCCUCGGCAUCAUCCACCAGCAAACACUAGCACAAAAAGCGUUAGCUCUGCUUUUCCACUGAGACCUCAGAACUUGAAUUCGGGUGCUUUCUUUGUUUGAAGAGUGAAAAUCUACCACCAGGUGAUGAGGGAAGUGUGUGAGCCCGCACACCAGGAUCAUUGUAAGCACAUACCUGUGUCUGGUUUGUGACAAUAAGCACAUGUGUUUGUUUGUUUGUUUUUUCAACCCAACAUAUGUUAAUAACAAUGCAUGUAGCAUUAUUAUGUUUUUUUAUAUGUUGAAAUAGAUGUUUGUGUUGUCCCAAAGUAGCUAUGCCGUGAUGAUCUGUCACAUUUUUAAUUUAAAAAAAAUUGGUGCAAAAAGUAAAAUAUGAAUUAGGUGAUUAAUUUUUCUAUUUAUAUAUCACAUGAAUUUAUACAACUGUUUUUUAUUUACAUUUGUCCUUCAUAGACAUCUCACGGCUACAUUGAAAUGGCUUGCUGAAUGUAGAGAGAAACAGAAAGUUACACCAAAACUCUUAAAGAAUUGAUUUUGUAUUUAUAGAGUUGUUUUUGAACUUCUGUGUGGGAUUAGAGACAAAGAAAUGCACUUGAUAAUAUCUGAUACAACUUGCCAAUAUAUCUACGUAUACAGUAUUUUAAACGCUCUGUUAUUAUUUAUUUGAAAAAAAGUGAUUUCCAUUGCUACUUGUCACAUCAUUGUACCUUAAGAGCAGGCAUAAUUUUUCUUUAAGCAGGCACAAAUGUCUUGGAAGGAAAAUAUCAUAACAAAACCUUCAGCCAGCCAUUUUAGUUUGAAAUAUGUGAGUUAAUGACAUGGUUGGUCCCAGUAAAGAGCAAUAGGAAUUCCUCUUCCUCAGCCUUUUCUUGAGUUACCAGUUUUUUGUCUGACUGCAGCAAUAUUGUGAAACAAAACGUGUGCAGAUUUGAUGCUCGUGCAAGAAUGUACAGUUCAGGGGGAAACACCUGUGAGUCCAACAGGCAGGGACACAAAUUAUUCAUCAUGCAACUGCCAAACUCUGACAACCUUUCCUCUGAAUUUGUCAACCUUUAACAAGUAUUUUUGUACCGCUUCAGCCAGUAUAUAGUCCAUUUGCUUUGUGAAUUUCUACGUCCUGACUGUGGAUUCAGGCUUGUCUAGUUUACAUCCAGCCACAACCAUCUACCUUUUUCCCCUGUUCCUGGAGAUAGAAGCACAGCGAAACCCAGAGCUUGACUUGCAUAUGUGUGUUUGCAUAUACAUGUAUGUGUGCGUGUGCGUGUGCGUGUCAGAGAGUGAGAGGUCAGCAGGAUUUUAAUACCGGCCAUGUAUCAAUGAAAAAAAAAGUUAGAACAAAGCACAAACUGCUACUGGCCAUGUGCACACAGGUGAGGCUCACUCAUUGGCUGAGCACACAUUUGUCUAAUUGGAGCGUCUGUCAGUGGAUAACGACACUUGAGUUACCUUGGUUAACCGGAUUCAUCUCAUAAGGAGAAGUCGAUAAAUACAGACUUCCAGAUAGAACAGCGACAGCACAGAUGGUGAAUCAGAAUCAAAAGUGCAGUUUUCUGGCAAAAAGUUUUAUAAAAUAAAAUCUGAUAUCAUGUCAUUAUUUUCAGCAUAAUACUUUAAAAUUGAACUUGACGUGUGGAUGACCUGUCAUGGUAUAGCCAUCGAGGAGACAAUAGCACAGGCGAGUUGUAUUUGUAUGUUUUUCAUUACUAGAUUGUUGGGGGGGGAGAAAGGAAAGGAGAUCAAUUUCACAAAGUGAAGAAACACACACAGUAAUUAUAGAAAGAAACAUGGUCUGCAAUUGUUUUCUGGAGGUUGGCAGUGCUCUGUGGGUGAUUCUGUGCAUCUGGGGUACCGGAUGAAACCAAAGGUCACAGCUGAUACAAACUAGGGCUAGACUGACACAUAACAGCGAUUUUCAGUUGGAAUGAUGGGUAUAAAGCAGUUUGUUUGAUUCUUUACACACUUAAUGUUUAAUUUGCCCUUUUUUGUCCACCAGUCUAACCGCAUUUUAUGUAAGUGUGCAAGACCAUGAUACUUGUAUGGCUUUCAAGGGGGUGUUUUAGUUCAGCCAAGUAGAAGUGCCAUUCUAUUUGCCAUGAGAAAAUCAGAAGAUAUUAGUUACUUGAAACUUCAGUCCAAAAAUAUCUGCAUUGGCUUUCAAAACCUGUCAGUCAAACCCUAGUGCCUACAAAUGCCAACACAUACACAAAUACACAGCUGUAUCUGACAGAGCAGUCUGUCAUUCGUCUCAAUCUUCUUCUUUCUCACUUCCUUCAUCUGCUUUGCUGGUGCGAUGAGCCUGCUGGUUGUUUUUCUUGCAGCUCUCAAUGUAAAAAAAAAAAACAAAAAACCAGCAGAUCCCAGAACAGCUCUGCACAAAACCCUGAGCGAGAUUUUCUUUAUCUGUUAGCACGCCCACUCCCGAACAGAGGACUCUAAUUUCUACUGAAUAAAACUUAAGCACAAGUCCUCGUCUGUGUCAGAGAUGAACGGGUCUCUUUCUUUCUCGUGAGGCUGAUGCUGUGAGGAGGAGAAGAGUUUACAAGAGUCAAAACAUCAGGAAUACAACCACUGCUCAGGUUCAAUAACUUGAACCGCUGGUCCCACAAAUGUUUCUUUUUUGUGUUUUAUUUGCGUGAUGUGAGCUUGUCAUUUGCCUCAGCUUCCUGGUUGUAAAUAGCACCUGAGCACUCAUGGUGACGGCUUGAAAAAUGUGAACAAGCCAUUAACAGCAGUGUUAAUUCCCACUGGACAUGAACACAACAUAAAAAAAACACCAUUGCGCAUCCAAAUUUUUUCAUUGGACUUGAUAUCAAAUUGCUGUCCUCUCCCUUUUUUGGAACAUCCUUCCGGGAAGCCUGAGCACUCACCCUGCCAUCUUGAAAUAGAUGUCAGCCAUAUUUGUUCCUAUGGAUACUCGUGUGUCUGUGCGUGUGUGUGCGCGUGUGUACGAGGGGAGGGGGGGGGCCUCUGUAUGUAGCUCUUUACAGAAGAAUGGAACUUGACGAAAAAGUUUGGUGUUAUGUGGACACUCAUGCCUCAUCAGGACACGGAGUUGGUUCGAGUACAGCGGUACAUCGGGAGAAACCGGGAAAAAAAAGAAAGUAUAUAUAUAAUUCUAUAUUGUGCAGAAUAUUUAUAGGCCUUUUGUGCCAAUGAAGUCAUGCUCUGCGCUG